AUGGAGACUGCAUAUUUAUGGGGUAUUGCUGCCCAUGGAGACUACAAAUGUGCUACAAGAAUGUAUAACUUACUGAAUCAGAGACAAAAGUUUUGGCGAAUGACUCCCAAAAUAUUGGUUUCUUCACAGGCAUCAAAGGUUUUGAAUUUGAAAGCCAGCCAGGUUCCAUCUGGUUUUGUUUCAAUAUUAUCAAGGAUCUCUUUUUAA